AUGGUCGUGCAAAGUGAGCGCUUGGUGCGGCAGGCAGCCCUGGCGCACGCACAUUUCCGUGAGCGGAGAGCGGCGAGGCCGCGCGCGCUUGUGUGCGUGGCUGGGGUGUGCGCAUUGAGCGCGCGCGUGUGUGCGCCGACCAGUCCCACAUCCUGUUUGAUAAAUGUAUGCAGCGUCAUCGACAAGCUGGCGAUAAGGGCGAGGUCACGGUUAUCAAUGGAGACAUCUCCAUACGCGCACGUGGCGGCCGGCCACGACAUCUCGCGCCCAUUCACUAUGAAGACGCCCCCGUCCUCCGCGACUGCGGCCCGCGCCUUCCCGCACCCCCUCUCACCUCCCUUACCCUCCGCGCUACGUGAUUCCCAAUUAAAUAUGGAUGUGAUUGAAAAACGCGUGUCCGGUAACGAGCGUGUACAUAAUUGUUGGGCGGCGGGCAGGCCCGGAGUGACCCAGUUGCUGUUGCCUGGCGACCCGGGGCUGGUCCGCCUCCCUCCCGUCCCACUUACCGAGCGCCUCACGCCACCCCCGCACUAA